ACUAAAUAAUGGACUGCUCGCCUUAUUAUUAACUGAAUGCUUUUUGAUCAUGCUAACGCAAAUUACAAGCUACAACACCCCGACUGCUUCGCUCCCGCGCCUUUCAACCAACCAGUGAAACAUUAUCUUGGCGCUGGUCCUGGUGUUACAUAUAACACUUUCGAAUUGAUAAGGACGGGGCGUGGACGGCGUCGACUCCAUCGUCAUUUGCCAAGUUGCCACUGUCAUUGUCUGGUGGCAUUUGUAAUUCACUUUGAUUAAAUAUGCAAGGAUGCUGGGCUCUCUCGCAGGACGCCACUGGACGAGGACCGCAUUCAAAUGCCGCAGCAAUGCAACGACAGUCGAGGGACCCGAAAUCCAGCAAUCCACUAUCUCACUACACUGAAAGAAAUAGCCUCAAGCUAUAUUUUCAUAGCUGA